AUGCCUAUCGCACUAGACCCAGUUGAAGUAUUGCCCUUGCCUAAGUGGCAGCGGCCUCAGAAGACGAAACACGAUUUACCAUGGGCCGAGAUCAAAGUCCUCGACCUGUCGACCUUUGAUUCGCCUGGUGGUAAACAGAGACUUGCCGAAGAGUUGCGAGAUGCUGUCCACAACACAGGCUUCUUCAGCGUGAUUGGAACAGGUCUCCCCGAUGAGGAAAUCCAGCGGCAGUACGAUAUCGGUCAGGCCUUCUUCGCGCUCCCACACGCGGAAAAGAGCCAGCCCCAAUACAAAUGUGACUUUGCAAAUGGCAACUAUUUCGGGUAUCGAGAGCUGGGCGAGAGGACUAUCAAGGGGACGGAAGUGAGAGACAACGUCGAGUCCUUCAACCACGCCAAGUUCACCAAAUACUAUGAACAUGAACCGCGUCAUCCGUUCUUUGAGCCUUACAAGCCAGAGAUUGAGGCCUUCUCUCGGAAAGCCCUAGCCGUAGCCCAAAAGAUCUUCCAGCUGUUCGCCCUCAUCCUCGAGCUUCCGGAGGACUUCUUCGCCUCCCGCCACAACUACGACGACCCCUCGGACGACCACCUCCGCUACAUGUGCUACCACCCCCGUGCCCGCGCCGACGACGCCCGCGUAGACAACACGUGGGCCCGCGCCCACACCGACUUCGGCUCGCUGACGCUGCUCUGGAGCCAGGACGUGGCGGGCCUGCAGAUCCGGACGGCCACAGGCGAGUGGCGAUACGUGCCGCCCGUUGACGGCGGGAUCGUGUGUAACGUCGGGGACACGCUGGAUUUCUGGUCGGCGUCGUAUCUGCGGUCGACGACGCACCGCGUGGUGCGCCCGCCGGAGGACCAGGCUGAGGGCGACAGGCUGGGGUUGUUUUACUUUGUGCGGCCGGGGGAUGAGGUGGAUAUCAAGCCGGCGCCGUCGCCGCUGCUGAAGAGGCUGGGGCUGGUGGGGGAGGCGCAGGAGGACGCUGCGCCGGUGAAGGGGUUGGAGUAUGUGCGGGCGAGGGUGAAGGACUAUCAUAAUAGCACCGACUAUGAGGAUCGUAGGGGCAAGACGUUUAAGGUUGGGAAUCUAGAGAUUGUGGAUGAGGCUACGUGA